AUGACUCUCUGUAAGGAUUGGAUUUCCAUUAAAGAUUACAUUGGUGAUCCAACAUAUGCCGAGGGAGUUAAUAAUUUUUUAGACUAUGCUUUUCAAAAGUUGAAAACUGAGACAAUUCGUUGUCCUUGUACCAAAUGUAUGAAUGGAGAAUCCGGUGAUCGUGAGAAAGUAAGGGAACAUCUACUUGUUUUUGGAAUAAUCAAAAGAUACACCUUCUGGUAUCAUCAUGGGGAGGGGUUGGAUGAGUCAGAAAUCGUGUCUGACGAGGAUCAUGAUGAGGGAGAAGACCAUGAUGAAAUUUUUGAUAUUCUAAGGGAUUUAUAUCCUGCGUUCAAUGAUGUUAGUCCCUCUGCUGAUGUCAAUGAUGUCGAGGAGCCAAAUGCCGACGUUAAAAGUUUUUAUAACCUAUUGAAGGAUUCACAAGAUCCGGUCUAUGAAGGUGCUAAGAGUUCUACAAUGUCUGCAAUCUUGGAGCUUCUUCAUAUUAAGACUCUUGGUCGUUGGACCAAUGAGUCUUUUAGCAUGCUUCUCAAAUUUUUGAAGAAUCGGCUUUUACCUACAGGGUCAACUUUACCAGAUUCUUACAAAGAGUCAAAAAAGAUCAUGAGAAACCUCGGACUUUCCUAUGAAAAGAUCGAUGCAUGUGUUAAUGAUUGCAUGUUAUAUUGGAAGGAGAAUGAGAAGCUAGAUGCAUGCAAUAUUUGCGGUGCAUCGAGAUGGAAAACAAACAAACACAGUGGGGAAGACAAGUGUAAGUCAAAUGGUAAAAAAAUACCUCACAAGAUAUUACGCUACUUCCCACUAAAACCGAGGCUUCAAAGAUUAUUCAUGUGUUCAAAGACUGCUUCUUUGAUGAGGUGGCAUGAUGGUAAAAAGAAGAAAGAUGGUACGAUGCGACAUCCUGUUGAUGGAGCCGCGUGGGAGUCAUUUGACAAGGAGUUUCCCGAGUUUGCAUCAGAUCCUAGAAAUGUUAGGUUGGGGCUUGCCAGUGAUGGUUUCCAACCCUUUGCAAACUCGAAAACACCUUAUAGUAUUUGGCCUGUAGUACUUAUGCCAUAUAACUUACCUCCAGAUCUUUGUAUGAAGCAGUCUAAUAUACUUCUUUCGAUGCUUAUUCCUGGUCCUAAAGGACCCGGUGAUGCAAUUGACAUAUAUUUGCAACCAUUGAUCGAGGAAUUAAAAGAUCUAUGGGACACUGGUGUCGAGACCUUCGAUGCAGCAACUCAACAUCAUUUUAAUUUACGUGCAGCACUGAUGUGGACAAUUAAUGAUUUUCCAGCAUAUGCCAUGUUGUCAGGAUGGAGUACUAAGGGUUAUUUGGCAUGCCCUCGUUGCCUUAAGGAUACACGAUCAAUGAGACUAUCUCAUGGGGGCAAAGAAUGCUACAUGGAGCAUAGAUGUUAUUUGCCAAAGAACCAUAGAUGGCGGAAGGAUAAGGAUUCAUUUGACGGAAAAGUUGAGCAUGGUCUACCUCCUGAACCUUGUUCAAUUGAUGAAAUUCUUCGUCAACUCGAGGAUCUCGAGAACAUUGUUUUGUCCAAGGAUCCACAUGUGAAGACAAAAAUAAAUCAUGAGCUUAGGGGUGAUAAUUGGAAUAAGAAAAGUAUUUUCUUUGAGCUUCCAUACUGGAGGAAACAUUUGUCACGGCACAAUUUAGAUGUGAUGCAUAUUGAGAAAAAUAUAUGUGAUAGUGUUCUUGGGACAAUUAUGAACAUCAAAGGGGAAGACUAA